AGUGUCAUCCCUUUUUGAAACAGCUGAAAACACGAGGAGCAGAUUUUAAAAUAUUGUAACGAAAUACAUUUAAAAUCCCCUAAAAAGCACAGGCCGAAAAAUGAAGAACAAGGUGGAUAAAAUCACAACCAACGGUAAAGAGGCGAAAAAAAUCGUUCAACAAAAACGAAAACACACAAAUACUCUUAAAACCGACGAGGAUGUGGAAACGAAACCACCAGCCAAGAUUCCCAAGGUUUCAAAAAAGAAGCCAUCGGAGCAAGAAGAAAAGGAGAACACUCCGAGCAAUGCUCCCCUAAAGGUGUCACAGAUCAACAAAGCCGUUUUCGCUGUGUUUAAAAAAAUUCAGGACAGCCAGCCAACUGAAAAGACGAUCAAUUCGCUGGUGGUACUGCUGCGCGAUGACACGAAUGACGAACAGCGCACUGCCACUACUUGCUAUGUACUCAAGCGUUUGAUUCGCUCAACAGGAGCAGAUAACAUCCAGGCAGUGGCCGUAGCCGCCGGCUACUUAACCUGCAUCCUAAGAGCCACUCUCUCCAUCGAUGCCCUGGAGGUUUUAGAGACCUUAAAGCAAGAUCUGGCAGUUGGUAGCUCACUAAGGGGCAAGGAGGACUCACUGGCCGCAGUGGGCCAAUUGGUCACUGUUUUUUGCGUACUACGAACGGUGCAGUUCGCGGAGACCAGGCCAAAACCCCUGGCAAAAGUCUGGGAAGUCCUGGUGGAACACCUAAAGGGGAAGGAGUACCUGGUGUCAAUAUCUGCGAAUAUUCUCGCAGAUAGCUUCGUUCGUAUAACAACGGCCGAAUUCGAGGAGCUUCUGUGGCCGCUUCUGCAACCCCAAAUAAAGAAGCCACUAAGUGACUUAAAGGUGAAUACAUUUGAUCUUUUGUUGGCCGUGCAUCUGAACUUUCCAACAAUUCUGGGACGAGAGGAACUUAUUGCCAGCUUGUGGCCGAAGAAACCACAGUACGGCCAGCUUUUCGAGCUUUAUAUCUCGGGGUCCACCAUUUACACUUCUGAUGUGUACUCCAGAUUAGCAAUAUUCCUGGCCAAUGGCGGAAAAGACCUACUCGCUGCUUGGCAGCAGUUUAUCGACUCCAAGCAGCCGCUUAAAUUGAAUGCAGCCAAGGCCUGUGUUAUUCAAGUACUGGGAAACUUACUUCUCAAGAUGAAGAAUAAGGAAGCCCAACUAAUUUUUGAUGUUUUCACACCCACCUGUGUGCAGUUUCUGCUGCAAGAACUGUCAAUCGCUAAAGGGGACAAAAGCGAAACUAAGAAACGCUCCCAAAAAGAACUGCGUGAAAUUUGCUUCAAGUUCGAGGGAUGCCUGCUUUUUAGUUUCGAGAAGCAGUUACAAAGCGACGAGGUCAAGCUGCAGCUGCUGCUCAAGUUGUUUGACCAAAAACUGCAGUUGGACUCGGUCAUUAGCAUGCCUCGUUUCAGCCAUCAGCUGAUUAAUCAGUUGGGUGUCGAGAGUCUUCAGAAGCUCUACGAUUACUACACCAAGCUGCUGGGCUCUUUAGAGGACACAGAUAAAGUGAGCCUAAUGCACUGCCUAAACCAGAUGCAGUUCAUCUUGCAGCACUCAAAACUCGAUCAGGAAGUCAAGUGGCGUACGAAGCAGUUGCGUUUCUUGAUUCUCGCUAGCCUGUUCCACUUGGAUGCCGCCGGAAAACCAUGUGAGGCCGCUAAAGCCAGCGCUUUCAGUCGCCAUUGCUCGGCUCGAUGUGAGGAGAUCUUUAUGGGUUCCUUGGUGCACAAGUGCUCGGGUUUGGCAGCUCUGUGCCAGCUUCUUAACAAGACAUUGAGUUUUCUUAACAAAGAGCUAGGUAAACCGGGUGCGGAGAGCAAAUUGCGCUCACCAAGAGAUGAGGCUCUCAAAAAACCGUGGGAAACGGUGGAAAAACUGCUGGCGAAGCCCAGUGAUGAAACGGAUGUCCUUGGCCUAUCCUUCGAGGCACUUAUCCUGUUCGUUUCUUUGGCCCUGUGCACAAAGAGUACCCUAUCCGUUGCCGUGUUAGAGGAUUUGAUCAUCUGUCGGAAAAGUGCGCUUAAAAAGAGCAAGAAAGACGCUAACGAAGAGCUUAAGUGGCAAGAUGUGCUAACGGAUGCCCUGCUACAGUUGCUCUUGCAAACAGGUCAUUUCUGGCGCGAGUUUGUUAACCUAGUGGCCGACUCCUUGAUUCCCCACCUGGAGCCUGCUAACCUUGAGCAGGUUCUUGAGGUGCUUAACAUGAACAGAAAUCCCUUGAGCAAGAAAGACGAAGGAGAGGAAGAAGAGGAAAGCGAUGAGGAAAUGGAGGAGCAGUCGGAAGCUUCCAGCGAUGAUUCGGACAGCGCAGACGAUGAUGAUGAGGAUGAGAUGGAUGUUGAUGAUGAGGAUGGCCCGACAAAUUUGGAUCUGAUUCGCGAAAGUGUUCGUCAGGCAUUAGUUAGCAAUGGCGAAGCCGAUGAAGAUGGCGCCAGCAGUGUGGAUUGGAACGAUGUUGAUGAGGAGCAGGGUGAACGCUUAAAUGCUGCUCUCGAGCGAUCUUUUCAGGCGUUCCGACCCCAGUCACGCAAAGCCAAGGCCAAGGAGCGCCCCACCAAAUCGGAGCGCAUCGAUAACACUAGUCUACUGCACUUCCGCAUUCGCGCCUUGGAUUUGCUUGAACUUUUUAUCACCAAGAAACCAACUCAAUCUGUAAUCCUAGACGUAUUACUCUGCGUCUUCCAGGUGUACCGUCAUUGCAGCGGCGAUACCAAACUUCAAUCGCUACGAGAAGCUAGCUUAAAGCUGCUUAAGAAGCUGCUUGCGAAGAACAUUGAUUUUGAAGCAAACCAGGACAGGACGCCUAUUCUGGAGGCCAUUGAGCAACUGAUGUCCACUGGGGAUGAGCAGUCGGAGGAGGACCACGAGGGCAGCAAGCAAACCAUUAACCGACAGGCCAAGGCAGAGGCCACAAUUUGGAGGGAUAAGUGCUUCGCCUACUUGGUCAGUCAAGGUUCGACAGCUGGGGACCCCAAAGACAGUGCCGUUUGGCCUUUGCUCGUCGAGUUCCUGGAAUUGUGGGCGACCAAUCGUCGUAGUCGCCUAUCGCUGGCCAGUUACGAGGCCCUAUUCCAGGCUGGUCAAUGGAAGGGAAUUGCUCCAUUGUCGGUGGUUUUGGCAUCCCAUUUGGAUAUACAGAAAACCCGCAGCUUCCGCCGCGGGCAGAUUUUAAAGCUUCUAAGUAAGCAGUUUCGCCGGCUGGAAACCGCUCUGAACGAUAACACCAAGGCAUCCAACGAAUUUGAAAAGCAACUGGCCAGAUAUGUGGAGCAACUAGAGGCGGAGUCUGGCCAUCUUACAGAACUAAAUUUGCUGCAAAAGAUUCUGGCCCAGGGUGGCCAAAAGCGGCAGAAGCUGUUGGAGAAGGUGAACGCUCUGGCCAAAAAGCCUCACCCGGAGAAAAAGACAGCUAUUCAGACGAAUCUAAAUAAGAAACAGGCAGCAGCGAAGGAGCCAGAGAACGUCACAAAGAAGGACAAGUCCAAGAAGACCAACAAAAAAGCUGCAAAAAAUAAUUAAAGGCGCUACAUAUAUAAAGCAGCUUAAUAUUAAAAUAACACUAAGUUUACCAUCUUAGGGACUACUUGCUGUUAAAUGCUAAAUUAGUGUUGAAGCGAGCAUACAAUAAACUAAAACAAGCCAGGUA